CUUGGGUUGUUUUUUUUUCUUUUCGCUCCAGCGUGCUUUUUUCCUUCAACGAUUAUUUUCGUCCUUCUCAUGUUUAAUCCUCAGAUAAUUUACUGAGCACUUGGCAACCCGGUAAGGCGCAUUGAAAGCGAUUUGGAAAAGGAGAAAAACGUGAUAUAUAAGAGAGAGGGAGAGAGACUACACCACACCACAGGUGCCACACGCCUUUGUUCUAACGUCCUCCUCGCACACUCAUUUUUCCCCACAGAAAACCCGGACUGUCGAAGAGAAAUCUCAUUCAGAGGACUCACUCCCUUGCUUCGAGAGACGAUCUGUUACUUCUUUUAUAUAUAUAUAUUUUUAAUUAUUAUUAUUGUUAUUAUUAUUUAUUUAUUUAUUUUUACAAACAAUCAAAUCAUCCGUACAGCUGAUGAAAUCGAUUAUGAUGGCCUGAUAUUUCAUAACAUUAAUCAGAAAAACGUCUCUGAGAGUAGAAUAAGUGUAGACUCCUCAGGUGCUGCAACACAUUUCUUAAUCACCAACAAAAUGGAAGACUCCAUCAAAUACGAGAUUCGGACUAAUAAUGUCCAGGGACUAUGAAGAGCCUGGCAAUUCAGUAGGGAUGUUGGCAGCAGUGGAACAUGGUCCUGUCCUCUGCAGUGACUCCAACAUCCUCUGCCUCUCAUGGAAAGGAAGGGUUCCAAAAAGUGAGAAGGAAAAGCCGGUGUGCAGGAGACGCUACUAUGAGGAAGGCUGGCUGGCCACCGGAAAUGCGAGGGGCGUUGUUGGAGUGACUUUCACUUCCAGUCACUGCAGGAGGGACAGGAAUACUCCACAGAGAAUUAAUUUCAAUUUAAGAGGCCACAACAGUGAGGUUGUCCUUGUCCGCUGGAAUGAGCCAUUUCAAAAGCUUGCUACGUGUGACAUGGAAGGGGGGAUAUUUGUGUGGAUACAGUAUGAGGGCCGAUGGUCUGUGGAGCUGGUUAAUGAUCGGGGAGCUCAGGUAAGUGAUUUUACCUGGUCCCAUGAUGGAACUCAGGCCCUGAUUGCCUACAGAGAUGGCUUCGUCUUGGUGGGCUCAGUCAGUGGGCAGAGGCACUGGUCAUCUGAGAUCAACCUUGAGAGCCAAAUCACCUGUGGAAUAUGGACCCCUGAUGACCAACAGGUAUUGUUUGGAACAGCAGAUGGGCAAGUAAUUGUAAUGGACUGUCAUGGUCGGAUGCUUGCUCAUGUUCUGCUCCAUGAGUCAGAUGGCAUUGUGGGCAUGUCCUGGAACUGCCCUGACUUUCUGGUGGAAGAUAGCACUGAGAGUGAUACAGACUCUGAUGACAAUGGCCCAAGUCAAGCACGUAAUGUGAAGCCCAUUCUCACAGUAAGCUUCAUAUCUGGAGACAUAAGUCUAAUGAACAACUAUGAUGACCUUUCCCCUAACAUUAUCCACUCAGGACUAAAAGAUGUGGAGGUGCAGUGGUGCUCUCAGGGAGACUUGUUAGCUGUAGCUGGAAUGGAGAGACAUGGGUUGCCUUCUGACUCAGCCUGUUCCUCCAUGAUGAGAAAUGCCCUAGUCAAGUUCUACAACGUUCAAGGAGAACAUAUAUAUACUUUAGAAACUCCUGCGCAGAGGCCCAUCACCACUAUAUGCUGGGGCCACAGGGACUCACGGUUAUUUCUGGCUUGUGGGCCAGCACUGUAUGUUGUACGGGUUGAGCACAGGGUGGCCAGCCUCCAGUUGCUGUGUCAGCAGGGCAUAGCCAGUGCCCUAAAAGAGGAGAGAGACGUGAGCAAACUGAACAUGCCAUCUCUCCUCUGUUCCUACGUUACGAGUGCAUUCAUACCAACCAUCAAGCCUCCUAUUCCUGAUCCAAACAAUAUUCGUGACUUUGUUAGCUACCCCACAGUGGGAAAUGAGAGAUUGCAUUGUACAAUGAAGCGUGCUGAAGAGAAUCCGGAGGCAGGAGGGCCGUGCUAUACGCUCUAUUUGGAGCACUUGGGGGGUCUGGUGCCUAUACUUAAAGGCCGUCGUAUCAGCAAACUGCGUCCAGAGUUUGUUAUAAUGGACCCCAAAAUGGACAGUAAGACAGACGAGGUCUGUGUGAACGGUAUGUUAUCCUUCAUGACUGAUAGCUGCAACUGCUCUGACUCUAGUGACAUUGAACUGAGUGAUGAAUGGGUCGAAAGGAAGUCACCUAAACUUUCUAGAGGAAACAGGUCUCCCAAACUUCCAAGAAUCAAUAUGGAAUCAAGAAAAUCUCCCAAGCUUGCCCAGACAUCCCAAGAAUUGUCCAGGUCUCCAAGAUUACCAAAGAAAGCUACUAUACGAUCCCCAAGUCUCACUCGCAGGGAGUUUCCAGUAGAUGGAAUGAGUGAGCAUAAUUAUCUGGCUCAAGUCACCUCUAACAUUUGGGGUACAAAGUUUAAGAUUGUGGGACUUGCUUCUUUUUUGCCAGCAAAUUUGGGUGCAGUUAUCUAUAAAACCAGUUUGUUGCACUUGCAACCACGUCAGAUGACGAUCUAUCUACCAGAGGUCCGUAAAAUUUCCCUUGACUUCAUGAGCCUACCGGUCUUCAAUCCCAAUGUGUUUAGUGAAGAUGAAGAUGAUUUACCAGUCAUGGGCCCUUCAGGGGUGUCAGGCGAUAAUCCCCCCUGCACAGUUAAUAUUCCCAUUGCUCCUAUACAUAGUCCUGCUCAAGCCAUGUCUCCUACACAGAGCAUAGGACUUGUUCAGUCUCUCUUAGCAAAUCAGAAUAUUCAGCUUGAUGUCCUGACCAAUCCCACAGCCACAGCAGCUGCUGCAGCAGCAGCAAAGGCAGCAGUUCCUGAUCAUAGUGCAGACAAUGUGACAGCACAGUACACUGUGCCAGCAAGAUACUCCAGUCCUGGACAGGUUAUCUUUAGCGGCCUCGAAAUGGGUAACCUGAGUUUGAGUGGAGCACUCCCACCACCACCACAUCAUUUGCCACCACAACCUCAUCAGCAACAACGUCAGCAACAACAGCAACAAGAAGAUCAUCAUCAAACAUCAAAACAUCAGCAGCAGACACAAACACAACAGCAGCAUUUGAAGUUACAACUGCACCAACAAGCACAGCAACAGCACCAACAACCAUUGCAACAUCAUCAACAACACCUGCAGCACCAACAACAAUUGCAAACCCAGCAUCAUCAGCAAAUUCAACAGCACAUACAACAGCAGCACCAACAACAAAUGCAACAGCAUCAUCAUCAAAUACAACAGCAGCAGCUACAGCAACAUCAUCAGCAAAUGCAACAGCAGCAAAUGCAACAGCAGCAAUUGCAACAGCAAAUACAUCAGCAGCAAGUCCAACACCACCAUCAGCAAAUGCAACAGCAGCAGCAUCAGAUGCACCUCCAGCACGAGCAAAUGCAGCAGCAGCAACAACAAAUUCGCCAACAGAUUCAAGAAAUGAGACAGCAGCAGCAACAGCUUCAGCAACAGCAUCAGCAAAUGCAGCAGCAACAUCAACAGAUGCAAAGACAGCAUCAACAAAUGCAGCAGCAGCUCAAGAUGCAGAUAACCUUACCACCUCCUCCUUCAAGUUAUUCCCCAAUUUCCAUGCAUCAGCUCCAGAUGAUGCCUGCAAUUCCUCACCCAGACCAACCACCAGAAAGAGCAGAGCAAACACACACACUGAAAGUCCCUUCUAGACCACAGUCUUUUAUUGAAAAUGACAACUCUUUUGAAAUUCAAAUGCGUAAAAUGAAUCCUCCUCCGCCAUACCCUGGCACAGUGGUAUCUGCUGCAGCAGCAGGUCCCCCAGUCCAGCCAGGUCUAAUUGGUAACACUGAGAAUGCUAACACAGACCAGUGCCUAUCUAAGGAUGAGUUCUCUCUUCACCCAGUGAGCAUCCAGUAUCCGACACCUCUUGGUUAUGAAAGGAUAACAACUUUUGAUAGCAGUGGAAAUGUAGAGGAGGUGUGUCGCCCACGGAGACGUCUUAUACGAAACCAGAAUGCCUAUGGCUUGCAAGGAAUGGGCAGUUCAGCUACAUUGAAAGUUACCUCAUCUGAAAAUAAGAAGGUCCAACUUCCUUAUAGCUCAGCAACUCUCAGUCGCCUUUCUGUGCCUCGAUAUUCCAUACCAAGUGGAGAUCCUCCACCAUACCCAGACCCUGCUAAUCAGAUCAAUGUCAAUAGGAGUCCUACACAAAGGAUUGACAGCAGUCUUAUCCAUGCUACUCUGCGACGGGAUCGCAGAGAAAAUGCUCUGAAGGUUCCUCAAAUGGUGGAUACAGCGAGGACUCUACCAACCAAAUCUAAAGUAAAUGGUGCCCUUGCACUUUCUUACCAGCCCAGGAUCCCUACAGCUUUGUACACUUGCACUCAAUGCAGCAGUAACAGCAGCAGCACAAGUGUAAGCGUCAGUGGUGGUGGAAGCAAUAGCAGCGGCAUUGCGGGGGGGACUGUAGUGCGGCAGGAUUUUCCCCCUGGCAAAGGGGCACAACACAGUACUAUAAUUGUGCACUCUAAAAGUGCUUCAACUCUGGCUUCACAAUCCUCCUACAACCUACUCAGCCCUGUUGACAAUAGUAGAGACAGGACUGUAUACAUCAACUCUGCCUUUACUGAAGAUGAGACUCUAAACCAGCAGUGCCACAUGGAAAAAUCAAUGCGCCAUUUAACUCUUGGAGAUGUCAAUUUAACAGUGAAGCGGCCACCACCUUACCAGUGGGAUUCUCCUGCUUCAGACCAAAUAUGGAUGGCCCAGGAUCAAAAUAUGCUGACUAGCCCACCAGGACCUCACAAACCACCCCAUCUUUUACUCAGCCAAGCACAGCACUUAGACAUAACUCGACUACCCUUUGUUCUCUCAACAAAACCUCCCUCUAGUCCCAGUUCUAUGACCCUGCCAUCGACUUAUCAGAUUUCCCUUUCACCUUUCCCCCCUGGUGUGGGCCACGGUGGUCCUCAGUUUCAGACAUUGCAAAGUACUCCACAGCCAUGUGGCCCCAGUGACAUGGUAACGUCAAUUCCAUUCAGCCAACAGGAUCCAGCUCUUGUUUUGCCCCCUGGUUAUGCAAAUAAUCUGGCCAGUCUACCCUGUUGCCCACUCCCACCCAUGUAUCCUGGGGCCAGCUCAUGCACCAACCUUCAGCUUCAUCCAAUGGCCUUGCAUCCCUGGAGCACGUACAGUGCUUGCCCUCCCAUGCAGGACCACUCAGCAACUUUACCAAGUAAAAUGCAUCAGAGUCUGGAGAAGCCCAUUCUCUCACCGCCACCACCUCCGCCUCCUCCACCACCACCGCCACCCCCUCCUCCCCCGCUCCCGCCUCCUCCUCCGCCAGCUGAACUUAUGGCUCAUCAAAGUACCUCGGAGGUUUUAGCUGACUCUGGUGAGAGUUUUCAGGAACAGUCCUCACUUAACGAGAGUCCAAUACAACAGGGGUCAGACAGGUUCAGCAAAAAAAGUCGCAAGAGACUCGACAGCAGGGCAGAGGAGGCGGGCAUGUCAAAUGUUUCUGAGAGUAAAUCAAAAAAGGAAGGCCGUGCUUUGGCUGACUUCAAUUCUCUCAUUGCUAGCCCCAGGCUUGGUGGCAGAGAGAAAAAGAAGCCUAAAGGACAGAAGGAGCAACUGAACAAGGCCAAAAAGCUGAGCAGGACAACAAAUGAAUUCCAAGACAGCUCUGAAAGUGAACCUGAACUUUUCAUUAGUGGCGAUGAACUAAUGAAUCAAAGCCAGAGCAGCAAGAAAGGUUGGAAGAGCAAACGCAGCCUGCGCACAGCAAAUGAACUGGAGGAGAUUAAGUGCCGCAAGGCAAAUGAGAGAGAAGAUCGGAGCCUUGGCAGUCAGGGCUUUGUGUAUGUCAUGGCCAACAAACAGCCGUUAUGGAAUGAAGCCACCCAAGUCUACCAACUUGACUUUGGUGGAAGAGUGACACAGGAAUCAGCCAAAAAUUUUCAGAUUGAGCUGGAUGGACGACAAGUGAUGCAGUUUGGCAGAAUCGAUGGUAAUGCGUACAUCCUGGAUUUUCAGUAUCCGUUCUCAGCUGUGCAAGCAUUUGCUGUUGCAUUGGCCAAUGUCACUCAGAGGCUUAAAUAAAGGACAGUAAUGGCCAUUACACAAUUUGCUGAUUAUAUGUUGUGAAUAACAAUGGACAACGUGCUCUGUUGCCAAUAAAAAUGGUACUGCUUGUGUUGGGCCAGGGUGUAAAGGUAACAGUCGGAGGAACGUUGUCAGAAACAUCGCAUACUUGAGAGUGAAAAAGGUACAGAAUGGUUGAAAUAAUCAUUCUUUUGUUAACUGUUGUGGAAGAAGACAGAAGAGAAAUAGAAAGAAUGCAAGACCAGUGCUUGAUUAAAGCUAGUAAAGAUCAGUUCCUAGUUUUGAUUUUUCUUUAUGUAUGUAUAUGUUUCAUAACAUUAAUAUAUGAAAGGCUAAACAAUGAUUUGCAUGCAAACCUAUGACAAUUUAGUUACCCUGUGAUGAUGGGAAUCCCUUACUGAGGAUUUAUUUUGCUGCAGGUUGUUUUCCAAGUGUGAGUGGUAAUAUGAAUUUUAAAAUUAUGUAUUAAGGGGGAUAAUGCCAAUCGUGAAAAUAUUUUUGAAAUUUUUUUAAUGUUCUAUCUAUUGUAUCUCAUUUAUGUGUGGUGUAACAUGAAUCAGGCAUUAGUACUAUUAACUUCAACAUCUCAUUGCAAUGAAUGCUUUCAUUGUUAAUUGAUUUGUUGACUUUUUAUGACUCUUAUUUUAUUAUCACCCUUUGUAAUGGCAGCAGUUUUCUAUCACUAUAAACCUCUUAAAUAGAUGUUGGUCAUGAACCAGGCGGUGUUAAAUAAUAUAUGAGUCAUUGUAAUGUGUAGAUUUGUAAAAUAAUACCACCCAUUUCAUUACAUCUCACCAUAUGAACAUGUGGGUUUCACUUAGAUCUGGGACAAUAUGUUCACAAUUUGGUCUGUUAAUUUUACCACAAAGUUCUUACAGUCUAAAUGUGUAUGAUUCAUUUGGCAUUGUAGAAAGCAGACCUGGCAUAGUUUUGAUAGAGGCACUAUCACUUGGAGGAUAAUAGAAUUGAAUAUAAAACUAAAUGAUGCCUAUAGCGAUGGAUGCGAUACAUAUUUUCCAAUUGGUGUUUUUAUUUUGUUGUUUUUUGUUUUUUUUUAGGUUUGUAGAAGAAAUAUUUGAAUUCUAUAUUCAAUGUGAUUUACUUUUCAUGACUUUAGUAUUUCUAUAUGAGAUUUGGUCUGGCAUUUUAUCUUCACCCUUAUAGGAGCUAAGGUCAAGAUUUGUUUAUGUAGCAGUGCUGGGGUACCACACCGUCACAGUCGGGACAAAAUCCAACUGGCCCUACAUAUGUUGACUCAAAUCAUUAAUUCUGUUUAUUGUAUUUUUAUAUAUAUAUAUAUAUAUAUAUAUAUAUAUAUAUAUAUAUAUAUAUAUAUAUAUAUAUAUAUAUAUAUAUAUAUAUAUAUAUAUAUAAUAUAAACAUGCCUCUGCUUUCUUAUAUCAUUUGAGCUGUUAUGUUGAUUUUUAUAUUUUGGAUGUAAGUUAAACAUUUGCAGAGAGUAUCUGUGUUGACAGAUGAUGGUUAAUAUGAUCAUUCUCCUGUUUUUUGGUGUAUAAGCUUUGAUGAUUUGCAAAUUGAGCAAUUUCUAACCUGUUACACUAGAGUAUACAGGCCCAGUUUGAAUUGUGUGGAAUGUGAGGCUUUAACUGUGCUAAUGCUUUACUAUUGUAAUGUACAAUAAACCAUGAUGAGCUUGUAAUAUUAA